UUACUUACAGUGAUACUGUAUAUAGUCAUCAUCCUAUCCGCUUUAUCUUCCGACAAAAAAAGCUUUGAGCUUUGUCUAAUUAACGUACCUCUUCUUUCAUGUAAGAGUAAAUGGACCGUGUUAGCAAUCUACCAGACGAGGUUCUUUCUCAUAUACUCUCUUUCCUUACUACAAAGGAAGCUGCUUUGACUUCGAUUCUCGCCAAGAGGUGGCGCAACCUUCUCGCGUUUGUCCCUUCUCUUACUAUUGAUGACUCUGUGUUUCUGCAUCCUGAAGAGGGUAAGCAGGACAGGGAAGAAGUUAAACAGAGCUUCAUGGACUUCGUUGAUAGAGUUUUGGCGCUGCAGGGGAACUCUCCACUAAAGAAAUUCUCCCUCAAGUGUGUUACUGUGGAUGAUACGGAUCGUGUGGAUGGUUGGGUAAGCAAUGCGUUAGCUCGUGGUGCUGUUUCGGAUCUCGAUCUAAAGAUCAUUAUUCCUAGUGACAUAGGGGAAUUUUAUAAGCUGUCUCCAAAAUGCUUCGAGUGUAACACACUAGUUAGUCUGAAAAUACACCGUGGGAUUGAUAUUUCCUUGGUUGCUGGUCGCAUUCUCUUACCGUUGCUUAAAACUCUGGUUCUUGACUCAGUUCCCGUUUGUCCUAACGAGUUUGAGAUUCUGCUUCAUGCUCUGCCUUCCCUUGAGGAAUUGCUUCUCGAUUGUGUAAUGUGGAAAGGUAUGGAGGAUGUCACAGUGUCAAGUUCAAGCCUCAAGACCCUGACAAUGACGUUAGACUAUACUUUAAAGAGUUUGUCUUUUGAUGCACCGAGUCUCCUUCACUUCAAGUACUCUGGUUAUGCUGCAUUGGACUAUCCGGUAGUUAAUAUGGGAAACUUGGUUGAUGCUCAAAUCGACUUCUUCUUAAGUGAUAGCCAACUCAAGCAACUUCGAGAACCAGAUAAUGAUGAAGAUGCUCAUCGUUAUAGUAAGGUGUGGAAACUCUUUCAUGGCACACGUUAUGUUGGGAAUCUUAGCUUGCUUCCUGAUACUCUUGAGGUGCUUUCUAUGUGCUCUGAAUCGUUGCCAGUGUUCAACAACCUCAAAUCAUUAGCUAUUAGGAGUGACAAGGAUCGAGGAUGGCAAGCAAUGCCUGCUCUUCUUAGGAACUGUCCACAGUUAGAAGCUGUAGUCAUUAAGGGACUCGUGCACCGUGUGACAGGCAAGUGUGGGGAUGUUUGUGACUGCAUUUAUCGAGAGGACAAAGGACUUUCACUCAAACUUUGUCCGAUAAAAGUGAUGACGAUUCACAGGUUUCAAGGAACAAAGAAAGAGAUGGCAAUGAUGAAGCAUUUCUUGGACUAUUUUCCAUCUUUGAAGGAGAUGAGGAUCUAUGCUGAAGAGAAUAAUGGUCCUACACGGCUAGGAAACCAUGAAGUUUGUAAACGUGUCUUGGAGAUGUUCCAACUCUACAACAAGUUAUCGAGUUGCAAUGUCAAAGUCAAACUCAUGGUGGGCGAUGUUUUUUGCAGAUGAAGUGGCUGAAGAAGAAAACCAUAAUCCUAGUUUUGGGCUGCAGUUUAAGUUGUGUUUAACUUGCUUGAAAACCAUCUCCUUACUUUUAGCCUGCAGUUUAAAUUGUGUUUUAACUUUUCGUAACUGAAAAAAUAUUAUUCUUGCAACUAAAUGAUAACAAAAGAAAAAUACCAAGAUAAAAAAUCAUGUAAAUAAACAAAUAUAAAUCAAAUUUAUUGUUACUGCUUA